CGAACUUACAGCCGAGCACACGUCGUUUUGUAUGGCUUGUGUUUUCAGCACAUCGGUAGGGCACGAAGUUGCUUGGCAUUUGUUGGUUGCUGAGCAGCCGUGGCUCAUUCACGCCGGAACGUUGCGAUUGUUAGUGUCGAAUACGUCGCUUGUACGCGUUGUUGCCAAUACGCUUUAGAGUAAAAUUUCCUUAAAUAAGUACGGCAUUAAAAUUUUUACUCGGUCACACGCAUGUAUGUGUAUGUGUAUGCGUAUGUGCGUGCGUUUUUGUUUGCGUGCAUUCUAAUGCGUGAGUGCAGUCAAGUGAUGCGCUGAAGGUUUGUGUGCGAUGUGCACUGCUGUGAGUUUAGCUGAAAUGAUUACUUUAAUUACAACAAAUUACAAUUAAUUACAAUCAAUUAAAACUAUUAAUUGUUAAGUGAGAGGCAAACGCUAAACGAAAGUGUAAAAUAUUGUGGUGCAAGUGUUGCCAUUUAAAGUGUCGCGUUCUAUUUCCGUAAAUAACACAUUGUCGAACCUAACACGUACUGCCAAUUGUAGUGGAAAGUAAAAUUACACACAUUCCCAAGUGCUGUCAAGCACACACAUAUACAUGUAAACUAAAGUGAGUACUUGUGCAUAAUAGAAAAGGGGAUUUUCGUUGAGAUUUCGUGUUACGCCGCGUUUUAUUAACUUACAACUACUUACAUGCAUACGUAAUAGCAACAAUUGUACAAUCAAAUUAACGCUCUAACACAUUAUCCGGAAACACUCACAAAAGACACAGCAGUGUGUUAACGCGUGUGUUCGUUUGGCGGGUAAUACAGGGCGUAUGAGUGCUCCAGUUCCACAAAGCAGAUAUUUCUGAUUUAGCGCACAAAACGCAGACCUACUAACACACAUAUACAAAUAUAUGACGGUACAUAUAUAUAUAUACAUAUGUAAAGUAAAUACAGCUAGCUGCUGGUGCGCCAAGUGAAAUUGUUGCUAAACGCGCGCGGGCUUGUGUGUGUGCGUAGUGCAGAGAAUUUUUCAUGAGCCAACUAAAUUUGUGUUGCUGAUUUAACGCCACAACAACACUAACAACGGACUACAUGAAGACACAAGAAAAUAAAAAAUAAAAACCCCAAAAAUAAAAAAAAAAUCAAAAGAGAAGAAGUCUCUGCUAUUUUGUGUGUAAAAUAUUCGUUGUUUCUCGUAUUAUUAUUACUUUGAGCGCUGGCACUGCGCUGACUUGGCACGCAUAUUUAUGCAAUUUACGCCAUAAUUCAAUUCGUUUUUCAUUUUCGCCAAUUCAUUCAAGCGCGUUUUAAGGAUACUCGCGCGGCUUUAGGUGGCAAGCUUAGCAUACUAUAUGGCGCGCAGUCAGUGCUAGUACGCACUAACACUUAGCCAACUAGUUAGCUUGCAUGUGUUCAGUUUUGUUUGUGUUGUGUUUUGAAUUCGUGGUGCGUGUAAAUUAAAUUAUUUACACUUGGAGUACGCUGACGUGCUUUAAUUUAUGCGAAAUUGCGCCAAAGCGCCUAAAUGUAGACAACAUUUCAAUUUAAAUAAUUCACAGAAAUUCGACGCUGCGGCAAACGACUUUACACAAAUAGUGUAAUUUAUUAGUAAAAAUUAAAAAAAUACGUAAAUAAAAUUUAGAAGUUAAAAAAAAACAACAACAACAAUUCACUUAAAAAAUAAAAGUAUCAUCCCAAAAACUAGUGUAAACUAAUUGUAAUUCCCAGUGUUUGCCACGAGCUUCUGCAACUUUUAUUUGCUGACGCUGACAAAACAGCCAGCUAUAACCCCAAAUGAAGUGACAAAAGAAAUUGCUGCAGAAGUUCUGAAACAAGUGCGGAAGUAGCACAGCAAAACAAAAAUAAUAUAAACAAUACAAAAAAAGGUAAAAGGAAAAAUUUAGUGCAAAUGCGUGAACACAGUGUAAACGCUAAACAACAGGUGAACUUUGCAACUUAAAUAUUAAGCUGUGUCUCCGAGGAAAAUUCCAUGAGAACUACAUACUUGUAACCGACACAAAAGCUGCUGAACUGAUAUACUCUACAACCAGACCAGCUUGAAUUGCUUGCGGAAGUGCUAUCAACAGCUAUAUUAAGAUUAACGCAGAGAAUACUUGAGAGCAUUGCUAAGCGGGUCGACAACUACUCCAAAUUCGACGUCGAGCGCAACAAGAGGGCUACUUUCCAUAAAAGUUUCGGACAAACUGCCAAUAAAGUGAAACUUUUUUCCUUCAGCACACAGAGUACACACACAGCCACAGAUACACAGUGAAUCAAGUGAACUACUCAGACCGGUUAUAGUUGAUCAAUCGUUGAAUACUUUGUGGCAAGUGACUGAAAGUUGAAGAAGAAGAAGAAGGGAAAAGAAUUUGCAGAAAUUGUGCAACAUUUGAAGUAAUUAAAAUUGAGUUUCAAAAGUAAAAUCGGCAAAAGUGCAUCCAAAAAGGAAGUAAAAAAAAGAAGAAGAAAAGAGUGACAAAAGUUUACAGUUGCAAUAACAACAGCAACAAAAGAAACUAAUCGAUAAUCGAAAAGUAAGUUAUAGAAAAAUAGAAAAUACAAAAAGUGCAAAACCUAGUUGCAACAAGGGGCGCGCGCAUGCAACAUUCCGGCCGCGUGUGGCAGCGGCAGCGUCUCUGCUGUAGCACAGUGCAAUCGAAUAAUUAAUUCAAUGCACUUAAAAUUGCAGUUUUUAACUUGAGAAACGAGGAAAUCGCAUUUGGCCCAAAACUGCUACAGAUAUACUGGCAACAACAACAACUACAACAAAAAAGAACACAAAUAAUAAUCACAGUGAACGAGUGGCAACACAAAACUAAACUAAAAGUGCAAUAAAAGAAAAUAAAAUAAGCGAAAGAAAAGAAGCAGAGAGUAGAGAAAAGCGUGGCAAACUUAGCGUGACAAAGUUUCAUUUGUUGGCAAAUUGAAGCGGCGUGCAGCCUGCAACAGCAAGUGAGCGAUCUUGGCAAGAGGCAGAGGAGUGAAUGCGUGAGCGAUCGUCUGCUGUGUGAACAACAAAAAUGACGUGCGCCGCUCAUAGACUAAAUUGCAUAAAUUUACAAAUACAACAACAAGAACAACAACAACAAAGAGUUGGACAUUUGGCAGCAUCCACCAACGGUUGCAACAACGGCAGCGAAAAAUACGCUAAAGUGAAAAGUUGCAAGUUGAUGUCGACGCAACAGCGUGCCACACGCGUACACGCCACACCCCACCACGACCAACACCAGCAGCAGCAACAAGAAUUGCGUGCAGCUGGCAUAACUUGUAACGGUGUUAGUAGCUGCAACACAGAAGAAUUACUUGCAGCACAAGAAAAACACAAACAACAACAAAAACAAACACACAACUCCACCAUCACCAAAAUGUAUGACAACAGCAACUUGCAACACUCGCUUGAAGAAGUGGAAAAGAGGAAGGAUACUAACGGCGCUGCCACCAAAACCGCCGCUACCAUCACCACCACCACCACCACUUUCAGCACAAAUGCAAAUAGCGUCCAAUCACGGCGGCAUCAGGUGCAACGGCAUCAACAGUUCACUUCGGUGUGCAUGCCGUUGGGUGAGCGCAAUAGCAACAACAUCAUAACAGCACGAAUGCAUAAUGGUUGCAACAACAACAGCAAUAGCAGACAGCAACAACAACAGAAAAUGAAUUACAAUUAUACAAAAUCCUUCGCUGGUUACACACGGCUCUUGAGCGUCCUGUUGUUGUUCGCCUUGCAGCAUUUUCCAAGCGUGUUGGCGUCAAGUAAUUUGAUGAGCAAGCAUGAGCCGAUGUUUAUUUCACGUUCAGAGACAUUCAAAUUCGUUGCUGGGGACACAAUAAGAUUACCAUGUGAAGUUGCCAAUACAGAUCCAUAUGUUGUUGCCUGGAAGCGUGGCAUCGCCAUUCUCACCGCCGGCAAUGUGAAGGUAACACCGGAUCCACGUGUGUCGCGUGCCGAGCGAUUCAACUUACAGAUACGCGACGCAGUGCCACAGGAUGCCGGCGACUACAUCUGCCAGAUUGCCACAAUGGAGCCGCGCGAAAUUACGCACACAGUCGAGAUUUUGGUGCCACCAAGGAUCCAUCACAUUAGCACCGGCGGACAUUUGCAAGUCAAAAAGGGCUCGUCGGUGCGUAUUGAGUGUUCGGCAUCCGGUAAUCCGACGCCGAACGUAACUUGGAGUCGUAAGAAUAAUAUUUUGCCCAACGGCGAGGAGAAGCUACACUCGCACAUCCUGUCGAUUGAGAACGUGGACCGGCACAAGGGCGGUGUCUACAUUUGCACAGCCAACAACGGCGUCGGUCAACCGGCAUCCAGUCAAGUCGUCCUGCAUGUCCUAUAUCCACCUGAGAUAUCCGUUGAGCGUCCUAUAGUCUUCUCCGGUGAAGGACACGAAGCAAUGCUGGUCUGCAUAGUCCAUGGGGAAACACAACCUGAGGUGCUUUGGUUCAAGGACACCAUGCAACUGGACACCACCGAACGUCACAUCAUGGAGAAUCGCGGCUCACGUCACACGCUGAUUAUUCGGAAAGUACAUCCUCAGGACUUUGCUAAUUAUUCUUGUGUGGCCGAGAAUCAACUGGGUAAAGCACGGAAAACUUUGCAACUGAGCGGGAAACCAAAUAUUGCCGUCUUCAAUUCGCCGCCAAUCAGUCAGUAUAAGGACAGAUACAACAUUUCUUGGACUGUGGACUCGCACACACCCAUCGAAGAGUAUAAGCUGUCCUUCCGAAGGUUGCCGCAAGGACACGAGGUCGAUAACUCCAUCGAUACGCACACCGGCUCUUCAUCCUCUUCGACGCUGCUGCAGAUGUAUGGCGGUGGAGGUGGCGUCGGUGGUGGCAGCAUGGGCGGUAGCUUGCUUGGCAGCCAGCACAAUCAUCGCCUUGGCAGCGGUUUGGGCACCGGUCUCAGCAGCUAUGGCAAUGUGAUGCACUGGGGUCGUAACGAUUGGCGUGAUGUGGUGCUUGCUGCGAUGCCAUUGUCACAUCAUUACACCCAGGGCAUGAGUUACAUGAUACGCGGACUGGAUCCGGACCAGCACUACGAGGCCACUGUUCAAGCAAGGAAUCGUUAUGGUUGGAGCGACUUGACGCACAGCUUUCUCUUCUCGACAUCUUCGAAUGACAAUGAAAUGCGCGACCUGAGUGUCACUUUCUAUGGCAGCGGUGCCACACACAAACUGCGCUUGAGCCUCACCACGCUCUCAGUUGUGACACUCAUUCUGGUGAAACUCAACAAAAGCUUUUGGGCCUAAACGCUGCAUAAAAAUCCGGAGAGGGGAGGAAUAUGAGUUGGAAUUUUACAAAAUGCCUAAUUAUCGGGGCUAAAGUUGGUAUUAUGCAAUCAGAUUACUUUUAUAACUGUAAAACUAAAGAAGAAAAGAGAUAUAAGUAGACGGAGAGAUAGAAAUACAGAGAGAGAUGGAUAUAUGGAUAGAGAUCUCUAGAAACGGAGAAAGAAAGAAAUCAAAGUGUAGAAAUUUGAAAUGUGAGCGGAGGUUUAAGUUUAAGCUAAAAAAUUAUUAGUAAAUAAAAACAUAAGUGUUUAUUUAAACUACAUUUAUGAUAAGCUUAGAUUUGUGAUGAACUGAUUUCUUAUUUAUAACAUAUAGAAGUAUUAGCUUAUGGUUGGCAAUGAGCUAUUUUUAAUUGAAAGUGAUCAUAAAAUUUACGUAAAUAUUAUAUUAAGUUAAAUUUGUAAAAGUUUUGUAAUUAAUUAAGAGUAUUUUGUGUUUUUUUUUUUUGAAAAUUUUGCUUGCGUAAGAAAAUUUAAUGUAAAAAACAAAAAUGAAAUUAAUGCAUAUGCGCUGAUUAAUGGAUCGUUUAUAUGAUCGAUGCGAAAAAGACAGAACCUCAAUUGUAAAUAGUAAAGUAAUUUUUAUCUUAUACAUACUCAUACUCUUAAGCUAAUUAUAAUAAAAAAAUUAUUAAUAAAAAAAUAUACUAAAAAAUAAUAUUGUCACCGUCAAACUGACAGUCAAUGUCAAAUUGACUGUUAAGCAGUGAAAUGAGAAGAGAGCAAAACCAGAGAGUGUAUAUGAAAGAUUAUAGGCUGAUGUGUGAGGCAGAUGCUCACUUAUACACAAGCAGGAAAAGAGAGUAUCGCUCACACACAGCCAAGCAAAAUGUUAUUUCAAUAUUCACCUCUAGUACGUAAUAAAAUAGUAAAAUACAAUGCAUAUUGGUAAGUAAAUGAUGUACUUAGUAAAAAUUUAAACUAAUUUAUUGUUAGCGAAAAUUAUGCAAAAUAUAAUAAUAUUAAAAAAAAUACUAAGCAAACAAAAAUAAAUUAUACAAAAUAUUAAUAUAUGUAUGUGCUAAUGCACUCUUAACAUAUGUAUGUAUGUACAUAUAGAGAGCUAUAUGUUUAAUAUAGAUAUAUACACACACAAAUAUACUCAAUUGAAUUCAACAAUCGCACAUUGAAGUAUUAACAUUUAGUAAUAAAGAUUAAGUUUGGCAACUCUGUGUCGUCGUUUUUGUGUACUUUAGUGCAAAUGUUGUCACACAACUGCAAAUAGCAAAAUGAGAAGCAACUAAACGCCAAGUAAGCGCUGCUGAUAUUAUCUAUGAUGAAGUGAAACUAUUAUAUAUAAUAAUAACAAAAAUAAAAUAAAAAUUGCUUGCGGCCAUGCAUACAUACAUACAUACAAACAUAGAGAAUUUUUAAGCUUUUUGCUAUUUUACUCGUAAGCAACUAAGUAACAUGUAUGCGUAAUUAAUUUUAAAAUGUAAUAUUAGACAUUUAAAAGUGUGACAUUUUUGUAAUACUUUUCUUUUGUAUGUAUGUAUUUGUUUGUAAAAUUUUAAAGGGUAAGUUUGCCUAAUAUUUUUAUAAAGAUGAAAGCAAAUUUUUAUGCAUGAAAAUUUAAAAACAAAAUUGUAGUUUAGUUUUUUUUUUUUUAAGAAAUAUAUAAAUUUCAAUAGUUAUAUUAUUUUUUAGAUUUUUCUUUUACUUAGAAUAGUAUAUGAGAAAUAUUCUGUUAUAAAAUCUAAUCAGUUUUAUUUUGAGUAAAUUAAAGAUUUAUAAAAUUUACAUUUAUUUAUUACAUAAAAUAUUUAGUUAUUAUUAUUAUUAUAUUUUUUUUUAUUACAAGUUGACAUACACUAAAACUAUAAAAAAAACAGCAGACCCUGUGUUUUAAAAAUAAAUCUGUCUAAUCGCUAUAUACCAUACAAAGGUAUUGUAUAAAAAAAUUUUCAACAAGUUUAACGGAUUUUUAUUUAAAUUUUUUUGCUUUUAUAUUCUUACCGUACAUUUAAUUUCAUUUCCUUAGUGUAAAUACUUAAAAAUUAUCUAUAUAAAAUAUAUAAAAGCAUUAAAAAGAUAAUUUUGAACAAGCAGCCAAAAAGGAGUAUACAUAUUUAAAAAAAAUAUUAAUUAUGCUUAAAUUUAAGCAUAGCUUAUACUAAAAUCAAUAUAAUUUGCUUAAGAGCUUAUAUUCACUUGUAAGUUGUAAAAAACGCAUUUUUGUAAGUUUUUCUUUUGUUUUUUGAGGAGUCAUUUUUAUUUAAUAACCAAACAGAAAAAGUUUAUUAACUCAAUUUAAUGUACUUUAACAAUCGAUGAUUCAUACUGAGUAAUUUUGGAUCUCUUGAUCCAGCAGCCGUUCUACAACGCGACCUCUGAAAAAUUAUUUGAAGGUUUUUCUGAAGGGUUGCACAGUUAACGAUAAUAUUUUCAAUUUAAAAUUAUAUGCUUUCAAUUUAUUUACCAUUUUGCUUGUUUCAAUGAUAAUCUCUCACAAAUAUUUUUUCGAAAAUUUACCAUUUUAAAUUAAGCGAAAGCAUUCGCAAAACAUAUACAAAAUCUGAAAUGUGAACAGUUUGAAACCACCAAAAUAUUUGAAUUAUAUAAAUAAUUAAUAGAAAGAAAAAGCAAAAAAGAAGAUAAAUAUAUUAAAGAUAAAGAAUAACAACAAAUAUCUAGAUAAAUUUAUCGCCUAAGCAAGAAAAUUCUGAAGCAAAAAGGCAAAAGGCGAAGAUAAAUUUAGAACGAGCGAAUAUGAAUAUGUACAGGGUGUUAGUGACUCGAUGUUGCUUGAAAUGCCAAUACACCGAAAAACAAAACAUAGAUAAAGAAAAAAAACAAACAAAAAUUAAGAAGGAAAUAAAAUUAACCAACAACAAAAGUGUAAACUCAAAAAUCGCUAAAAAAAACAGUUAAAAUAUGCAACUGAUCUCCAAAUGUUGAGCAAUUUUCAAUCUUCACACACGUUUUUCAAUACUGCACUGAAAAUAUUUUCUAUUUUUUACAAACACAAAAACCGCUAAAGAGAUGUUAGAGCAUCAAAAUACAAAUACAAAUGCAAAUACAUACAUACAUGCGAGUAUAUACUUGUAGUUUAGAGGACACCCUGUUGUAUGUAUUUGUAAGUGAAAUGCCAAGCAGUACUUUAAAUUAAUUUCAAAUAAUUAUAAUCAAUCCACAAAACAAAAAGCAAAUACAAUUAACAAUUGAAAACUAAAGAUAAUAUUAAAUUAAUAAAAUAAGAAAAACAUAUAUGAAAAGCUAAAAGAAAAAAUCACAAAAUUAAUUUCAAAGAGAAAGGUGAGAAAAAUGCAAAAAAUAUAAUAUUAAAUUGCGAUAACGUAAAUAUUUUAGGCAAAAAUAAAUGAAUUAAAAUCUAUGAUGACGGUAUUUUAUGGGAGCUUAAUCAUAUUCCCGCAUAGGAAAUUAAAAACCGACACACACACAUACAUACAUACAAGUGCAGUCUUGCAUAUGCAGAGAAAUUAAUAUGAAAAUAUACGUACAUACAUAUUUAGUCAUAAAUAAUAUGCAGAUAUCACACAUAUACACACUGAUUUUUGUGUAACAAUUACGCAGAACAACAUAUUUAUGUACAUAUGUAUGUAUGUGUGAGUAAGCAUAGAUUAACUGAUUACAAGCACACACACACACUGACAAGCGAAAGCGAAAUGACAGUGAACACAUACUUUUCAAAUGACAGAUAUCUAUUUACAGUUAGCUUAUAAAAAAAAAACCACAACAACAAAAAGUGAAAACAGUAUGCCCCCAAAGCAGUCGCUAUGUAAGUGCAUGUACUACCUAUUUCGCGGUUUAGCUAAAAUAAAUCUACAAAUAAAGCCACACACAUGUAAGCAGACAAAAUUCAUACACAUCAUACACACAUAUACAUAUAUACACAUACUUACAUAACUAAUGAAACAAAAGCCUUAAACUAAAUGCAUACAAGCGUAGAUGUGUUUGUAAUCGUACCUCCCUAACCACAUACAUACAUGCAUACAUUCACAUACACACACACGCAUAUAUAUAUAUUUAUUAAGCCCCACACACUAGGUCAUAAGCAUAGAGCCAUCUCAGCUCGCAAACAAUACAAGCAGUUUGUACGUGUACACCUAAUUGUAAUUCAUAUGUAAUUAAAUAUGAGUAUUUAGCUACAAAAAUUCGCAGCCAUAUACACACAUACAUACAAACCUCCUAUAUAUUAUUUGUAUAUAAUUUGUGCGCAAAACAAACGCUGAGCUAGAUUUUUUUACAAUUAAUUUGCUUUCUUCGUAGAAUAUACGUAAAAAUCUAUGUAUUUGUGAGUAAAAAACCCAAAAAUAAAACUAUAAGUGAGUACAUACAUAAAUACGUGCAUAUAUAUGAAGCAAAUCUUAACAUACAUACUACAUACAUAAAACUAAAAUAUUUGUUUAUUUUGUAAAAUUUUUAAAAACUACAAAUAAAGUCGAUAUUAUCAUUAUAAAUGUAAAUUAAUGA